AUUCUUAUCAAGGUUUUUUUAGAAGCCCACUUAAAAAUAAUUUGCUGUACAGAAAUGUCUCAGAGGAGAGUUUUCAAGUUGAUUGAUAAUGACCAAAUCGCCAUUCAAUUGUACAACAAAGACACGGAUUUGGAGGGAUGCAUGAAAGUGUUGAGAGAAGGAUUCAUUCCCACUGAAAGCAUAAGUUUAGCGGUUGGUCUAAACCUUCCAGAGGCAACGCAGGCUCAUAGUGACAUCGGGAAACUCGCCCAAUAUAAUCUUAGUGAUGGGAUUUCUCUAAUUGCUCGUCAUCUGGCUUCAGACCAAAUUGUUGGCUUCUCUAUCAACAAGAUUCACUCGCGCCCAGUGCCAGGAAUCCCACCAUUUCUUCAGCAGUUUCGUGAGGAGAAUUGCCAUUGUUCAGAGUCAAACAAGAUAAUCAAUUUUCUAGAAUUCGCCGAUAGCAAAUUCGACCUUUUUGCCAAAUUCAACACUGAGUGCUUCAUGGAAUGCGUUAUGUUGUCAACUCAUCCCGAUUUCACGGGCAGAAAAGUGGGAUUUAAUCUCGUGGACUGCACAAUAAAUCUGGCCAGAGAAAUCAGUGAAGGAAAAUAUCCUGACACGAUUGAUGAGAGUCUUAUUGGAAAGAAGCCAAAAGUUGUAUUUGCCAUUUGGACAUCUAAAUAUUCGACUAGAAUUGGACAGAAAAUUGGAUUCAAGACAUUGGCUGCGAUUCCUGUGGGUGACUUGAAGCAGUAUGGAUUACCUUAUCCGGAAAGGAUUCCUUCACAACACUCGGAAUUUACCCUCUCAGCCAUUGAGAUUUGAAUCAAUAUUUUGUACCCAAGAAGCUUAUCAAAAUUGCUGUUUCAAUU